AUGCAGGCACCACAAACCUCGCAAAGAUCGAUGCAGCGGCGGUCACCAGCCGCAGACCCAGGACCUCCUCCAAAUAUGCCACCGCGGUCGAUAUCUCCGUCCCAACAGCGGGCAUCAUCAUCCUCGAAGGCUUUGCCAAACGGCAGUGGUAGUGGGAGAAGACCAAACCCAGGCGGACCUGUCCAGAGCACGUCGAAUGCUCCCCAGCUCUCCCAAAUCGAAAAGAGUGUAACCCAUCUUCUGGUCGCCACAAAGCAACUGCUCGAGACCCUGACACAAUGGUCACGGCACCAGGCAACUGAUGCGCAGGUAUCAGACGUUUAUGUGCGGCUAGGAUAUGAAUUCAACAUUGCCUGUAGAGCUUUCACUGCAAUCAACGUAGACACAAGCGAUUUAGGAAACGUUCCAGAACUCCUGCGCCAUAUACUGGAGUCCACCUUAAGCCAGGAAGCAAGUGUUGAGAGUCUGGAGAAGUACUUGCCGCGAAUUAGGGACAUUAUAAUAAAUCUGUUGCAUGGACUAAAAAGGAAGCAACAGAAACUGCGUCAGAAGCAGUCAACGAGAGAUGGGCUCAGCCAGUCCGAGCCUUCUGUACCCCGAACGAGCAGUGUGGGCAGUGUAGGAAGUGCGAAUACUGGUCUUACAAACAUGCUGGAUCAGGGGAUCUCAAAUGGGUAUCAAGGCGAUGGUGCGGCAAAUAGUCGAGAUAGCAUUUCAAACGACGCGAGCGUCCCACCUAGAAUGUCAUCGCAAGCUUCCGGUCGAAGAGGGCUUCCUGGACGCGAUGUUUCGAGGAACUCUGUAGCUUCAGACCAGUCUACUUUGUCCAGCACAACAAUGCAAAACAUGCCAGUCUUACCACCAUACCCCGGAGACGACGUCCAACAACCACCAGGUAUGGACGUGAACGACUUUCCGCCUCCUCCACCUCCGCCAAAGACUCAAAAUGCCUUGGCUGCGCUGCAAAGAGGCGGCGAGCUCGAAAGAAGGGCCUCUAGACGUUACUCUGCAUAUCAGAUAUCAAAACACCUCGGCGCCUCGCCCGGCGGCUUACCUAUGAUGCCGCAAAAUUCUCCAAUUCCUAACAGGGGACGUAAUGAUGCUAGGGAAUCGAUGAAGGCCGUACAAAAUCGCGGAGAUCAGCGGCAUAGCAGAAAUCCGUCAACCCGUUUGCAAACUGAUGCAUCACCCACCCGAAUCCCAAGUCGGAUUUCUGAAGCAUCUGAGAAAUCGGAUUUCUCGCCACCUAGUGCAAUCGCAAACGAUGUCAGCCCAGUUGCUAAAACACCCGAAAACAUGGUUAGACAACCAAUUGUCGAUUUCGAUGAGAAUGUGCCGAGUGCGACCUUAAAUGGCCCUCUGAAAGAUCCAUUGCCUGUGCUUACCCCUCCCCCAACCACACUUCUUCCCGAGACACCUAAGCAACAAACGGUCGUUCAGGAGAAGGAGGUCGCGUCAUACUCUACAGAACAGAGUAACUUCACACCGGAACCAUCACCCCCGCCGGGAAAUGAGCUGACAUUAUUCUUACAAUACAAAACAAAGGUUAAGAAAUUCGUCCUAGCCGAGGGUUAUAACGAUUUGUCACUUGCCAGACUACAACUAGGAUUUAUAGACAAGUUCGCCUGGAAUACUCAUAAUAAUGGUGUCGAUUUUCCGGAGAUAUACAUUCAAGAUCCUGUCUCGGGUGUCCGUCAUGAGCUCGAAGAUCUUAGUGAUAUCAAGGAUCGCUCGGUAUUAGUUUUGAAUAUCGAAGUCCUAGAUGAAGUAAAACGUCACAUCGAUGAAGGGCUGGGGGGGAUCAAAAAAAGUGUUGAAAGCGUCCGCACUACACUUCAGGACCAACAAGCUGCCAUUCAACUUGUCUCAGACCGCCAACAAGAUACCGCAAAAGAGGUAGCUCGAAUUGCCACAGUGCCGCCGGCCUCUUUCCGUGCGGCGUCCAGCGAUAAUCAACGAGUGAACCCAUCACCGAUGAGCCCAUCGAAGGUUACUACCCAAGCACAAAUGAGUGAACUCCAGGGUCUCCGGCGAGAUUUGGCUAUCAUUAAACAGACCUACUCUGCAUGGCAAUCUGACAUUCAAAGCUCGAUGUCCUUGAUUCGCUCAAAAGCUGAUUCGGUCAAAAACGUUGCCAUCAAAGCAGCAAUACCCGAUAUCAGUGGUGGAUCCGGUCGAUCUUAUGUUAAUUCUGGAAAGAAAACUCUCAAUGACGAUUCCGACAAGCUUGUCAGUCAAGUUGAUGACCUCCAGGAUAUCGUGGAAGAUUUACGCAAGGAUGUGGUAAUGCGCGGUGUUCGUCCUCGGCCACGACUUCUUGAGACGGUUGCGAAAGAUAUCGCUCAAGCCACCCAGGACCUCAACAAAAUGCAAAACUUCCUCAAACGCGAAGCUCCCAUUUGGCAAAAGAUUUGGGAACAAGAGCUUGAGACUGUCUGUACGGAUCGUGAAUUAGUGACCAUGCAGGAAGAUCUCGCAGCGGAUCUUCAAGACGACCUCUUGAAGGCUCAACAAACGUUUGCGCUUGUUGAGGAGGCCACCAAGGAACAGAUGAAGGAUGCUCCUCAGGGCGGUUCAAUAGCGCCACGAGUGCUGUCAAAGGGGUUAAAUCAUGUAAUAACAGCUGAUCCUGCUGCCGCGAAAGAGGGCGUCCUAGGCGAAGUGCGUGCUUUGCAACCGAAUCACGAGAAUCGCCUCGAGGCUAUCGAACGAGCAGAGAAGCUCCGGCAGAAGGAGCUCGAAAGUCGGCGAGGUGGCGAGUUUCAGAAGGAAUUGGGGACCUUUGUUGAAGAAGGACGGUUGAAGAAGUCAGGCGGGUUCGAGGAAGUCGAACGGGCUAGGAAAGCAAAGGACGAAAAGAAUAGGCGGGAGGUGUGGGAGAGGCAGAAUGGCAUGACUACCGCCGAUGCGGACAACUUCAUUGAGGAGCUCGCAGCUGAUGAGGAAGAUGAUAUGUUGAAAAGCGAGCAGGAUGAGACUGUACAAGACAUUUGA